AUGGUGAAAUUUGGACUUCAGUUCAAAGCUACACUAGAGAAUGUCACAAAUGUGAGACCAGUGGGCGAAGACUUUCGCUGGUUUCUAAAGCUCAAAUGUGGAAACUGUGGAGAGAUUCCAGAUAAAUGGCAGUAUAUUAACCUAGCGGAGAGCACACCGCUAAAAGGAGGAAGGGGAAGCGCCAGCAUGGUGCAGAAGUGUAAACUUUGUUCCAGGGAGAAUUCUAUCGAUAUCCUAGAAGACACGAUUACACCAUAUAACGCUGAAGAUAGUGAAAAGUUCAAGACGAUGGUGCAGUUUGAAUGCCGGGGUCUGGAGCCUGUUGAUUUCCAGCCACAGGCUGGCUUUGCUGCACAGGGAGCAGAGUCUGGAACAGCGUUUCCUGAAGUGAACCUACUCGAAAAAGAUUGGACAGAGUAUGACGAGAAAGUCAAGGAAUCAGUGGGAAUAUAUGAGGUCACGCACAAGUUCAUCAAAUGCUGA